AUGUUCAUCCUCUUCAAUGCCGCCUCUCUGGUGGCCAUCUUCUGCAUUUUUCUGGCCUGGACACAUAAAUGGCUGUCCCGUUCCUCAUGGCGGGCUCAGAAGCAAAAGGCAGAGGAGGAGGUCCGGAAGGUGACCCUCCCUCACUCUUCUGCCUCAAGCGAAGGCCCAGUAUCAUCUCCAGCUCCAGUGCGAGAGAAACCGAAAUACCGAAUCACCAUGGGCCUCAAGAGAAUGGACAAAGCUGGCUGGCUCAUCGUUGACGAAAACUAUAGCGCUAGACAUCAAGUGCGAGCCAACCUUUUCAACAACAGGAACCGGGAGGUGUCACAGUGCCUUCCUGAAGCAAAAGAUGCAUGCGACGAGGCCUUGAAGGAAGUGUCCUCUUUUCUAUGCCGGACAUACCCUGACAUGUUUGAACUCAAAGAGUCAGCAUCAGGGACUAUCGUAAGAAACAAACUUAUGGGAGAAGAGUUUCCCCUGGAGAACAGCACCAUUUCACCCCUGGAAGCAGCCGCUAGGCUAGCCAUGGAAGACAUGACCAUUCUACUCAAAAAUGACAGCGGUGACCAUUAUGUGUACGUUGUAUCUAUCUAUAAAUCAAACAAAUUAGUUACCCACUUUCGACAAAUAAUUGUGCUUAACCUGCUGAUGAUAUUGUGUAGGGCUGCAACCUCCAGUGCAUUCCUUAUUGGUUGGUCUGCCAAUACCCGCAUGGGCUCGACGCUGAACGAGAUGCAUGCUCCUGUACCACAAUGGGCCAGGCAGAUCGCCUUUUCCGUGAACAAGUUCAUGGCGCGGCUAACCCCUGAAUCGCCCAUGGAACGCUCCAGCUACUUCGUCCAGGUUAUCCAGCCCAACGAACCAUGGGAAUCUAUUUUCUUUCAGCCCGAGGGCCUGCUGCAAGACCAUACCAUACCAACCCCUGAACGCGUCUUGAUCCGCCGCGAGAGGCAGACCUUCAACCGUCUCCCGAAAACCAACGGCAUCCUCUUCACAGUCAAAACAACAGUCUCGUUCCUGGAGGACCUCCCCCUUAGCGAGCUUCAACUGCUGGCAAAGGAUAUCGAGAGCUGGCCUGAAGACAUGGCAGCGUACAAAGGUCGUUCUCACUGGGGAGAGACGAUAUCGAACUUUUGCCGGGUGAAGGAAGCUACCUAUGACGUAGUUUGCUGA